AUGUGGUUGUCUUUACCGAGAUCAGGCUAUGGAUCUGUGGCUACUUUGACAUCUAAGCGGGUGUUGGCGUGUUUGACGCCUUUACGACAGUUUUCCACGUCUCCGGCGGUUUCCAACGCCAACCACAAGAAUGUCGACAACAUCAACAAGAGUCCUGCAAACGACGCCGCCAACAAUGCAGUGGAGAAGGGUGACAAGCCGACCACGUCUCCGGAGAAACUGGCCACCAAGGCAGAAAAGUCUUCGGCCAACUCAGUGAAAGCAGCCGCCAAUGCUCUGGGCGAAUCCAACCUCUCCAACUCGGAACAACGACGGCUCGACUGGAUCAUCAUGAAGGACAUGCUCAAGUACAUCUGGCCCAAGGGCAAGACGUCAGUCAAGUUCCGAGUACUUGUGGCCGUGGCUCUGCUUGUGGGCGCCAAGCUUCUCAACGUCCAGGUACCCUUCUUUUUCAAGGAGAUCAUUGACGACAUGAACAUUGAGUGGAACUCCGCCACUGCUCUUGGAGUGGGUAUCACCGCUUUGAUCUUCUCGUACGGAGCGGCCCGGUUUGGAGCAGUGCUGUUUGGAGAGCUGCGAAACGCCAUUUUCGCGUCGGUGGCCCAGAAGGCCAUCAAGGAGGUGGCCACCAAUGUGUUCCGACACCUGCUCAAGCUCGACAUGGCCUUCCAUCUCAGCAGACAGACUGGAGGCAUUACUCGAGCCAUUGACCGAGGAACCAAGGGUAUUUCGUUUGUUCUUUCGUCCAUGGUGUUCCAUAUCAUCCCUAUUGCACUGGAAAUCUCUCUGGUCUGUGGAAUUCUGUCCUACAACUUUGGCUGGAAGUAUGCUCUUGUUACCGGAGCUACCAUGGUUUCCUAUGCGAUUUUCACCAUUACCACCACCUCGUGGCGAACAAAAUUCCGACGAAAUGCCAAUCGGGCUGAUAACGAGGCCUCCAACGUGUGUCUGGACUCGCUCAUCAACAUUGAGGCGGUCAAGUCGUUUGGAAAUGAGGGAUACAUGGUCGAUAAGUACCAGAGUGCUUUGACCAAGUACGAGAAGGCUAGUAUCAAGAUUGCCACUUCUCUAGCCUUCCUCAACUCCGGCCAGAACCUCAUUUUCUCGUCCGCUCUCACUGCUAUGAUGUACAUGACCUGCUGCGGGGUUGCUGAUGGAUCCCUGACCGUUGGAGACCUUGUUCUGGUCAACCAGCUUGUUUUCCAGCUCUCCGUGCCUCUCAAUUUCCUCGGCUCCGUUUACAGAGACCUGCGACAGAGUCUGCUGGACAUGGGAUCUCUGUUCUCUCUGCAAAAGGUGGCUGGACAGAUCCAGGAGUCUCCCAACGCCAAGCCUCUUCAGCUGACCAACGGAGAGAUCAGAUUUGAGAACGUUACCUAUGGGUAUCACCCCGAUAGACCCAUUCUCAAGAAUGCGUCGUUUGUGAUCCCUGGAGGCCUCAAAACUGCCAUUGUCGGACCGUCUGGAUCCGGAAAGAGUACCAUUCUCAAGCUUGCGUUCCGGUUCUAUGAUACCCAGGAGGGCCGCAUUCUCAUUGACGGCCAGGACGUGCGUGAGGUGACUCUGGCUUCUCUCCGGUCUGCUAUUGGAGUGGUCCCCCAGGACACUCCUCUUUUCAACGAUUCCAUCAUGAACAACAUUCGUUUUGGACGUCUCGAGGCUGACGACAAGGAGGUCGAGAACGCCGCCUGUGCUGCCAAGCUCGAUGCUCUAGUCAGACAACUUCCCGACGGCUGGAACACCAAUGUCGGAGAGCGAGGCAUGAUGAUUUCUGGAGGAGAAAAGCAGCGGCUGGCUGUGGCUCGAGUGUUGCUCAAAAACUCGCCCGUGGUGUUCCUGGACGAGGCUACCUCUGCCCUGGACACCAACACCGAGCGUCAGUUGCUCGCCAACAUGGACCAGGUUCUUGGCGACAAGACCUGCGUGGCCAUUGCCCACCGUCUGCGAACCGUGGCCGACUCGGACAAGAUCAUUUGUCUUAACCAGGGCGGCGUUGAGGAGGAGGGUACGCAGGCCGAGCUGCUUCUCAAGGAUGGUCUGUACAAGAGCAUGUGGGACGCGCAGGAGCAGGUUGAGCUUGGCGAGGAGGGCAUCAAGGAGGCUGAAGAGAAGGCCGCGAAGAAGGACGUGUAA